AUGGGUCAAACACUAUCCGAACCGGUUACUUCAAAAAAUUCUCAAAAAGUUGAAAAUCAUUUAUAUUCCGUAGGCAGUAGUAGUAUGCAAGGAUGGCGUAUAAAUAUGGAAGACGCACACACUCAUCUUUUAUCCUUACCUGAAGAUAAAAAUUGCACAUUUUUUGCUGUUUAUGAUGGACAUGGAGGAGCAAAAGUCGCACAAUAUUCAUGUAAACAUUUACAUACUCGUAUUGCUAAUCAAUCUGACUUUAAACACGGAAAUAUUGAAGCUGCUAUUCGAAAAGGUUAUAUUGAAUUUGAUAAAGAAAUGUCUUUAGAUGAAGAUAUGCGAGAAGAUCUAGCAGGUACAACAGCUAUAUGUGUUUUAAUUAAAGAUCAAAAACUUUAUUGUGGUAAUGUUGGUGAUAGUCGAGCAAUAGCAUCGGCUAAUGGCAAUGUUGAGAUACUUUCUGUUGAUCAUAAACCAAAUAAUGAUGAUGAAAGAAAACGAAUAACAGCUGCUGGUGGUUGGGUAGAAUUUAAUCGUGUUAAUGGUAAUUUGGCAUUAUCUCGAGCAUUAGGUGAUUUUAUAUUUAAACGUAAUACAGAUAAACGACCUGAAGAACAAGUCGUUACUGCUGCUCCGGAUGUUGUUUGUAAAACAAUAACUGAGGACUGGGAAUUUAUACUAAUUGCUUGUGAUGGUAUAUGGGAUGUACUUAGUAAUGAAGAAGUAUUAAAAUUUGUUCGAGUUAGAGUUGCUCAACAAAUGCCACCUGAAACGAUCUGUGAAGAACUAAUGACGCGUUGCUUAGCACCGAACUGUCAAAUGGGUGGUCUCGGUUGUGAUAAUAUGACAGUUGUGUUAUGCCUCUUACUUCAUGGACAACCUUAUUCAACGUUAGCAGCUAAAUGUUCAAAGAAUUUAGCUAAUGGCGAUGUAUCAUCAUCAACGUCAUCAGCAGCAGCUGAAACAUCACCAGCGAAAUGA